AUGGGCAAGAAGAAUGUUCCCCUGUUGCUGGUCCUGACUCUGUCAUGCAGCGAAUCUGGGCUUUCGUUUCUCCGCCCCCACGUCUCCUCGCUUCCACACCUGAGCCAAGCCCCCUCGGCAAAGACUUCUGUUACGAGACGGCAAGCGGCUGCCACUAUACCAGGGGGCGUGCCGAGCGGAAAGCUGGAGAGAGGAGCUCCAACGUCGAAGACAUCAGACCAGUCACCUUUUCCGAACCAAUCACCGCCGCCGCCUCCGCAAAGCGUGAACCCGACCGAAGCGACGCCAGGCUCUACUGCUGUGACAAGAGGCUCCGCAACACAAGUAAAGGGGAAAGGUGCUAGUGGCACUCCUAAGACAGCAGCAGCUGGAAAGGCUGCCGCUGCAUCUAAGGGGACCGUUGGGCCGUCUGCCGUGUCACCGAAGGCGGCAGUAGCGGCGGGAACAACGCAAGGCUCGGCUGCGGCGGUGGGAGGGGCUGCUGGGGCGAAAGCCGGGGGAACGGCUGCUGCUGCGGUGGAGAAAAAGACAGCGGUCUCUGCCAAAGAACGGGAAGAGGUAACGGCAACAGACAAGCCGACCGAGGAUAAGAAGAAGGGUCUCAAGGCUGGACCGGAAACAACCGCGGCGGAGAAGGUGCUGACCCUGGUGGAGAUCGGUCUGGUAGACAAAGAGGAGGCAUCGACCUACUACGAAGCCCUCUCCGACCUCGAGCGUACAACGCAGGAAGCGAAGGCAGCAGCCGCCGCGGCCGCCGAAAGCCAACCGCCAGCAGCCCGGUCUUCGUCCGCGUCACCGUUCUCGCCGCAAGAGGGGCCCUUGAGCCUCGUCCCCUUCCCGGCCGUCUGCGCCGCGCUCGGCGCCGCAGGCACGCACUCGCUGCACCUGGCCGGGGCACUCGGCACAGCGUUUUCCGUGUUUGGCGCGGUGGCAGGAGUGGCCCUGGGGGGUCUCGUGGUGAUCGGGGAUGACCCGCUCGGCAGAGCAGCUCGCGCCGCGGGGCUGGCGUUGGCGCGGUCGGCCGGUGCUGCAGGGGGAGCGGCAGGAAAGAGCGUCUCGGAGUCUGCCGCUGGGGCUGCCGGGGCGGCGGUGGGCGCCGUAGAGGAGGCCUUCGUGAAGGCGCCGGCGAACUUUGUCGCCGGCGUGGCGAGUUCGAUCUCGAGCGCGGUUUCGUCGGCGGUGGGGUCGGUUACAGCCUUGCCCGGGGCGGUGGCGACGAAGGCUGCGGAUGGAGCUCGGGGGGCCCUCCAAGACACAUCGGAAGCGGUUGUGAACUUGCCUGGGGAGGUUGCGCGAAAGGCGGCCCAGGCGGCAGGAGGUGCUUUGCAGAGCACGUCGGAUGCGGCGGUGACCGCGGUGAGGGAAUCGCCGAAGGUGGCCGCGAAGCGCCUGAACGAUGCCGUCUCUUCCCCGGGCAAGACCCUCACUGCUCUCGCAAGCGGUGCAUCUAGCUUGGUAGCGCAACAAAUCGAGAGCAGCAAAAAGAAGGCACGCCCAGCCGCCCCCGCGGCGUCAACCAAGAAAGCCCCCCAAGCAUCAACGGCAGCCGCAAGCGUAGAGGAGAAACAAGAACCGGAAGGGAUACCUAUCGAUGAGCUGGAGGCGAAGAUGUCGUCUGUUAGAAAGGCCCUGGAGCGCUUCGAUACCGUCAAGAGCCGCAUUGAAGAAGCGAAUACGUCGGACACGAUGCGGAAGACGGUGAGCAUGACGCGAGGCAUGGACAUGUCUGCCGAGAGGGAGAAGAACGAGGAGGCGCGAGCGGCCGCUGAGAGACCAAACGAAGCCCGAGUGAACGGUAACAAGAAGAGCACGUCCGCCAGACCGGGUGGGGAGAUGCCCAGCGUAGCAUCAACCACCACCACAAGAGCACCAAAACCGAAAACGAUGGACCAAGACAGACGCAAGCAAGUCGCGGAGAAGCUGCUGGAGAAGGCAUCCCAGAGAGCCACGGAGGCGAAGGCCGGCCUUAAGGCGGCGGCAGCGUCUUCGCGACGAGAAGCCGAGAACACCCAAGCGGCGUCCCCCACAGCCACCCCCAUCGGUGGCGCCGACAAGAAAACUCCGCAGGAGACCGUGGCGACGCAUAAAGGCUGACUCUUCACGAGCAUCGUGUUUUAGGAGUCAGCCCCAUGGUCCAUACCUGUACGUAUGAUACGGCCUCUGAAGUUUUGCUUGUUGUUCCUAAUUUUCGUUUUUGCAGGGCCUCGUUCUUAGGUUGCCUUUUUUUUUAUAGUUUUGGACACGCAAGACACGCGCAUUCUCGAGCUGUAUGGGGUGUUGGAGUUCUUUUUGUGGUGUGUCACACGGAACAGGUUUCUGUUUUCUCUCGUGGCGUUAUUCUGGUGAGGCGGGUUCUGGUAUGCUAGUGGCGAUGGCACAGCAGUGGGCAGGGGUAGGCCCUUGGGCUGUGUUGGCGGGGCGAAUGAAGUUAACGGCCG